UUGUUUUUUUUUUUCGAAAACUUAUUCUAUUGUUUUCCUCUCGUUCUCCAUUUUGAGUUGGAAAAUCAAUUGCAGUUUUAUGUGAAAAUUAACAUUACAUAUUGGAGAAAAAUUAUAUUUAAAUAGUAACUGGAUAGCAUAAAGAAACACAAUAUAAAUAUUAUAAACAAUUAAAAGAAAUAAAACGGUUAGUUCAAACGAAAUAAAGAUAAAUUAUUAUAACCUAGAAUUUGAAAAUGUGUGUAUAAUUUUUUUUUUAAUAGUGUUCAACUGUCACUUUAUGCUUUUCAUUGAGUUUAAGAGUUGCAGACAUUUAUAAUAUAUCUGCUCCCGUAUAUUUUAGUAACCAAGAAAACAACAAAAUUCCGGAAUUGAAAUUUUUGGUACGGGAACUACUUUUGGUAAAAAACUAUAGCAAGAGCGUUCAAAUUAAUUUCUCUUUCGAUAUAUAGUUUUUUUACGACUUCACACGUUAAUUUUCUUUAAAGUUAUCCUUAAAUAGGUUGGAAGGAAAUUCAGAUAUCACAAUUAUGUUGAUCAGGCACAAUUUAGCUUUCCAUUUCGUGAUCUCGUUUGUUCUAUCUAAAUUGUAGAAAAAUCUUUAAUCGAAAGAGCUUCAAAACCAAGAAACUUUUAAAACGAAAUUUGAUAAGAUAACAUUAUGUUUUUUUCGCUUUUAUAAAAAUCUUUUAAAGGAUAUUUGAUUGAAAAAAACCGUAAUAGCUCAAAACCGUAAUGGUACAUUUUAUGAAUAUAAGGAAUAGGUGUAAAAGGGUUAAUUAUUUAAAAUCCUUUAAAAAAUAACUGCAAACUUAGCCGGCUUAUAAUCGAUUUUAUGCCGCCGUCGAGAUUUUUACUAUAAGGCGACGUUAAUAUUUGUCAGCGCCGAGCUCUGCAGCUGAUCCAAUUGUAAAAAAAAAUUUAAAAGAAUUUCAACGUUUCUCAGAUUAAUUAAGAAAUAUAGUGCAAAAAAAACUACAAAAUGAAUAAAGAUAACUCCUCAAUGGACAUGGAUCCGGAAAUUGCAAAAAAACUCUUCAAUCAAGGAGCUGUAUUGUUUAUUACUGGCGUUCCUAAAGGCACGGAAUUUGGCAUAGAUUUGUGCUCGUAUGUAAUCGGAGAUAAUUUCCGAGGUGUUAAGAUGAUACCACCAGGACCUCAUUAUGUGUGGUGUGCAGCUACUGGUCCCUACGGUGAUGUAGCGCCUAGAGUGGGUUUUACACAUUUUUUUGAAGAACAAGAACUUUUAGUUAGGGAAUGGGAUGCAAAUAAUGAAGAGCUAAGAGAUAGGCAAAUAGCUGAACCUGAGUUGGAAAAACGUCGCCUAAAAGAGAAUCUCAAAAUGUUAGAUUCUUAUUUGGCACCUUAUGACUUUCGUUAUUGUGGAGAAUGGCGCAAAUUAACUGAUACUAUUACCAAGCAAUGUGUGGCUAGAUGUAGGCCGGCUUUGGGUACUAUACGCACAAAUGUGGAAUUAUUAUCAUGCCCUGAUGCAGAAAGACCUCGAGGCCCUUUAACGGAAACACAUCCAUCAAUGUCAGCGAAAUUAGUAAAUGAUGAAAACGACCUGCUGCCUCAAUUAAAACCGGUGGAUGGAACAGCGCCUAGAUUUACCCUCGUGCCCGAGCGUAUACCUAAGAAUUCAACGCCGGCCGAAAUAUCAAAACAUUCGUUGGACUGCAUACAAGCCUGCAAUAAUUUACUAAGCAAUUUCAAUCCGACACAAGAUUUAAUACAGGAAAUACAAUUAUCUUUUGUAUUCUUUAUGGUCGGCUAUUCAGUCGAAUCAUUAGCCUACUGGCGCAAAGUUUUAGCCCUACUAUCACACUCUGAAGAAGCUGUCAGUAAAUACCGACUAUUAUAUAUGAAAUAUAGUGAAGUUUUAGUUCAUCAAUUACCCCAUUUACCAGAGGAGCUAAUGGAAGCCUCUGAACGUAAUACCGUUUACAAGGAUAUACGCUCAUUAUUGGUGAAUUUAAAUCUCAGUGGUUUGCAUAAAAGUGCCGAAUUUUUAUCAAAGAAAUUACAAAAUUCUAUGAAUUGGACAUUUGAGGGAUUACUGGAUGAAGAUCCGGAAGAUAUGCCGGUUAUUGUAGAAACAAAUGAGUAAUAACAUUCAACAAAAAGCAAACAACCUACAAGUAAGUAAUAUUUAAAGAUUUAUUAGUUUUAUUAUUGUAUGUAGUAAUUAAUAUAAUAAAAUUUGUCAUAAAACAAGUUAAAAAAAGAAAA